AUGAAUAAUGCAAAGAUUGUGUAAUAAAGACAUUAUAGAGAGAAGCUGUUUAAAUUAACCUUUAACACCAGCGUAAUAAAUAAGGAUCUUUCAACACUUGAUUAACAUCUUUAAAAAAACUAUUAUUAUGGAUAAUAGACAUGGAAACUUAGUUAUGUGAUUAGAAAUUACAACAACAAAGUUAAAUUUGGGAAUGGAAAAGAUUAGGCUUUGAAAGAUCCGAAAAAAAUACUUGUUUAUAAAUUAUUUUCAUUAUUAGUUCUAGUUAGUCCAUUUAGGAAAACCCUAUAUUAUAGAAUUACACUAAAUUAAUUCACACAUUACAAAUUAUAGAAAAGAUUUAAAAAAGGAUUGGAAAUGGAUGUAAAUGACAUUAAUUGA